AGCUGAACUUAUGAAGAAAUCAUUUGACAGGAAGGAUUCCUUCAGAUAUUGGGAAGAUUAGAUAGUGAGAAUCACUUGACUUGUCACAAAACCAGCUUUCAGGUCAGCUUCCUUGGAGCAUGUCCCAUUUAAAUUUUCUCAACACUUUGAACCUGUCAUAUAACAACUUUUCUGGAAGAAUCCCAUUAUCAACCCAAAUGCAGACCUUUGAUGCUUCUGCAUUUGUUGAUAAUCUUGAACUCUAUGGGCUUCCUCUAAGACCAACUUGCCUGGAAGAAGAAAAAUCAAAGAGCAAACCAACAAACUGUGGUGGCAAAGACAACAAAGAAGAUAGUAGAAUUCUGGAAAUCGUUUGAACUAGGUGCAAUCAUUGGUUUUGUGGGAGUCUGGUUGUGAAGUUAGAUCAUCCUUGGAAACAUCUGUUGUUCAACAAAUUGAGAGUCUGCCUCAACAACUUAAAAGACUGCCUUUAUUUAAUUGUAGCAACAUUUCGUUUGCUAGUGACAGAGCAUGUCCCCGGAUUGUGAAUAAAAUUGAAGUUUUAAG